AUGAACUCUUUAUACAAUAAUGCUUUAAAGCAAAGUCAUGCCCUUCAAAAAGAUCUAGACAAAUUUCAGUCAGGUCAGGACGCUUCAGCAGGUUUACAAGGUCAAAUAUCAGCCUCGUUUAAUGCCCUACAAAGAUCCAUCGACGAUUAUGACAAUUUGGCUAAAAGAGAAUUGAUACCUGUGAAAAAGGAAACAGCGUUAACGCGAGUUGCCAAGUUUCGACAAGAUUUACAAGAGAUGAAAGUUCGAUUUGAAGCUACUAAAAAGCAGCAAGAGACACAAAAGCUUGAGCAAAGUAGAGAUAGUUUAUUAAGACGACCUAACCGAGGAGCUAAUGUUCCUGAACACCCAUACCAACCAUUAUCUCGAGACGAAUUUGCAUUACGCGAGCAAUCAUUCGCUCGCAACACAGAUUCACAGUUGGAUGAUUUCAUUGGCCAAGCACAAAACUUACUAGAGAAUUUAACAGAUCAGCAUAGUAUUUUAAAGAAAACACAAAAGAAGAUUUUAGAUACAGCAAACCAUCUGGGGUUAUCUCAAAAUGUGAUCCGUUAUAUCGAGAGACGAUCAGCACAAGACAAAUGGAUAUUUUAUGGUGGCAUGAUCAUUACUGUAUUGUGUUUAUGGGCUAUUGUGCAUUUUAUUGGAUAA